GCCGAAGGGAGCCAUGAGACAAUUCAUUCAAAAAUAUCCUUAACAUCCGUAAUAUCUCAAUUAAGCUUCACUUCUUCUAGUUUCCGUCUAGUUUCCGGACACGUAAAUUAUUGUCCAUUCCUGCGACAUGUUGCGCUGCGUUAUGAUCCAGAUACGUCUUUCAUUAUAGUCAUUCGUUAUCUUUACACUUUGAACUGGUGAACAACUACCGAUGAUGCCGACCCAGCUAGGAGCUGCUGCCUUCGCUCUCCGUGCCGGACGUCAAAGCUCUCCUAGCUAUAAUCUCAUAUCCUCAGCUCUCCUGAAACAGCCGAAGCGCGUUAAUGUUCGCCAAUUCGGUAUCUUCUCUCGACCGAGCGCCUCUAAACGAAGUAACCCCGCGAAAUCAAUACAAUGGCUAUUCCCGUCCAAGCGCGCCGUUCGCGCAAUAUCCGGGAAACCCCUCCCUCAGAGACGAUCCGUAAUACUUAAUUUCGCAUAUCGAACGGCUGCAGUUUUUGGAAGUGGGGUUGGAUUUCUAGGUGCACUGCUUGUAGGCUUCUUUCUAUACGACUCAACAACAUACAAAGAAACGUCGGUUGUGUUUGGCGAUUGCCAUGUAUCUGAGGCCGCCCUAUCACCUCGUCGCGGAGGACCAAAAAAUCUUCCCAUAGUAGAAGCGCUGCUUGACGAUGAGGAUAAUGAAGAAGCCAAGAGGAGAAAAACUAAACCACGACUCGUGAUCCUGGGCGGCGGUUGGGGAAGCGUCGCACUUCUGAAGCAGCUCAAUCCCGAGGACUAUCAUGUCACAGUUAUUAGUCCGAAAAACUACUUCCUUUUUACGCCUAUGUUACCCUCUGCGACUGUUGGCACUCUCGAGAUGCGAAGUUUAGUCGAACCUAUUCGUAGGAUCCUAGCGAGAAUCGGCGGGCACUAUCUCCGGGCAUCCGCCGAAGACGUCGAGUUUUCACACAAAUUAGUUGAAGUUUCUCAAACUGAUUCCCGUGGGCAAGAAGUCAGGUUCUACGUUCCGUACGACAAAUUAGUUGUCGCCGUAGGAUCUGUGACAAACCCCCACGGAGUUAAGGGACUUGAGAACUGUUUCUUCCUCAAGGACAUCAACGAUGCUCGUAUGAUUCGAAAUCAGGUUAUGAAGAAUCUAGAACUUGCUUGUCUUCCAACUACACCGGAUGACGAACGUAGGAGGCUGUUAUCAUUCGUUAUCAGCGGUGGCGGCCCCACGGGCGUCGAAUUCGCCGCCGAGCUUUUCGAUUUAUUAAACGAGGAUCUAACUAAAAGGUUUCCUCGACUCUUACGAAAUGAGAUCUCGGUUCAUUUGAUUCAGAGCAGGGGACAUAUUCUGAAUACAUAUGACGAAGCCCUUUCCAAAUACGCCGAAGACCGAUUUGCUCGUGAUCAGGUUGAAGUUCUCGUCAAUUCUCGGGUGAAGGAAGUGACGAAGGACAAGAUCAUUUUUACUCAAAUAACCCAAGAUGGGACAAUGCUCACAAAGGAGCUCCCGAUGGGAUUCUGCCUAUGGUCGACUGGUGUUUCUCAGUCUGAGUUAUGUCGACGAAUUGCUGCGAAAUUAGGACCAGCGCAAAAUAACCGCCACGCUCUCGAAACCGAUACUCACCUACGGCUCAACGGCACACCCCUCGGCGAUGUCUACGCGAUAGGCGAUUGCUCGACCGUUCAGAACAACAUAUCAGACAGCAUCAUUACCUUCUUACGCGGACACGCAUUCAAACUAGGUCGGGAUCCUGAAACCGUCGAACUUCACUUUAGCGACUGGCGGUCUGUAGCCUCGAACGUCAAACGACGGUUCCCACAAGCAGCCUCGCAUUUAAAGCGUCUUGAUAAGCUUUUCGAGCAAUUCGAUAAGGAUCAAUCUGGCACCCUCGACUUCGGCGAGCUAAGAGAACUACUCAAGCAAAUAGACAGCAAGUUAACAUCGCUCCCAGCAACAGCGCAGCGCGCCAAUCAGCAAGGCAUCUAUCUCGCAAAGAAAUUCAACAAAUUAGCGCACGCCGCGCCUGGGCUCACAGCAAACGAUAUCAGAGAUGGAGACUUGGAUGAGGCGUGCUAUAAGGCAUUCGAGUACCACCACCUGGGCAGCUUAGCGUAUGUGGGUAAUAGCGCGGUAUUCGACCUCGGUGGCGGUUGGGGCGUGACAGGAGGUCUGUGGGCGGUAUACGCGUGGCGUAGCGUGUACUUUGCGCAGAGCGUAGGUGUACGGACGAGAGUGCUUAUGGCGAUGGAUUGGGCAAAACGGGGGCUUUUUGGACGAGAUCUCAUGAGUUUCUAAUGGCCUUUUAAGACUACUCAGGAAGAGAGGAGUAUAGAGAAGGUGCGGAGUUCGAUUUUUACUCGCCAAUUGUCAGAUUCCGAUUCCCAGGGCCGGUAUGAGGGAUAUGGAUGUUAUGACAAACGGGAAGGCCGGGCUCAGGUUUAGGUGGUUACGCGAAAUUACAGAGAUGAUAUCACGGUUGAUUCCGACUGAGUUACGAGACCGGCGUAGGGGUUUAGACCAUUGCGAACUAUCUGCCUAGAAUUAGUGGUAAUGAAAAAUGAAAAAUUAAAGAUGAAAGAUGUGAACAACAUAUUAC